CAACUGUGAGGAUGACUUUAAUAAAUGAACCUCUGUCAACUGAGAGGAUGACUUUAAUAAAUUAACCUCUGUCAGCUGUGAGGAUGACUUUAAUAAAUUAACCUCUGUCAGCUGUGAGGAUGACUCUGAUAAAUUAACCUCUGUCAGCUGUGAGGAUGACUUUAAUAAAUUAACCUCUGUCAGCUGUGAAUAUGUCUCUGAAAAAUUAACCUCUGUCAGCUGAUAACCCCUUCACUUCCCUCUCUCCCUGAUGGGGAUUGGAUCGCCAGUAAGAUCCUCUCUGAUUGGUGUAGGUUGGUGAAUCUGUGUUCUCAUCUGAACGGAACAAGCCUGUGUGUGUCAGGGGACAGGCUGAGGGAGGUUAGGGGGAGGGACUGGUUAAGCUGAGUGAGCAGUGGGAAUACUUUAAAUGGACUCCCACACAUGAAUAAUGCAUUAGAUAGCCCCUCCCCUCAUUGGGAUCAGCUGGAGGAAAUUGGGGUUUGGGCCAAUCAGAUUAUGUCCCUGCCGGGUUUGCUCAGUGUGUGUGUGUAUAGUAACCAGGAGAGAGAGAGAGCGGGCAAGUCCAGACAAAUAGCAGCAGCUCAGAGCCUAUAGGGUAGCCUUCUGUCGACUAUCCCUCUCUCCGUCUCUCUAUCGCUGCUCAUUCUGUCUUUGUCUCAGGGUGUGUUAUGGGAGCUGUCAUUACCAAAGAGAUGGCUGGGUGACAUUGCUACAGCUCUACCUGUGUAUUUACUAAUGGUUGUUUCGUCUCCCCUGAGAGGAUUUACACAGGGGCAUGUAACUCCCCCAGGUUCCUUUGUCUGUGUGUGGGGUGUCUGAGGGUGUGUGUGGCUUCAAGGAUCUAGCAGCCAUGAAUUCCUGUUGGAAGAUGAAGAAUGAGAAGCCCCUCGGUCAUUCUGCCAGCAGGUCCAGCAAUAUUUCCAAGGCGGGGAGCCCCACCUCCGUCAACGCCCCCUGCAACUUCUCACGAACGUCGGUCACCCCCUCCAACCAGGACAUCUGCAGCCUUACCGCCACAUCUCCAGAUCAGUGCUCCCAGAAGCCUUUGCAGACCGCUGUGGUUCUAUUGAACUCAAACGGCAAAACCUCUCAGGGGUCAGGAGGAGACAUCUCCAUGACAACGCUCUGCCUGGAUGCACCCCCAGCCUUCAAGCCCCCCAAAGCCCGGGGCGGGGUCACAUUCGGAACGGAAUGGUUUUCAUUGCUCCGCCCCUCCACAGUCAAUGGGACACUGAAGUUUUCUCGCUCUCUGAACGAUGUUGGCCAGCGCAUGGAUAGUCUCUGUAGUGGACUGCACUUCAUAGACCGGACCUGUUCUGAAGGAGAGCUGGAGGUUAAACCCGAACCACCCAACACGGACCGGAAGUCCAAGGCACUCAACGGCAAAGCAGCCACACUCCCACACCAGGCCUCAAACCUACCUUCGUUCCCCACGCACACACACACCCACACACACCCUCACCUCGUCCCCUCGUUCACCAACAACUACAAAUACCUCAACCCCCAACACUGCCUCCAACCUCCCUCUACCGGCGUCCCCCCUCCUCCUCCUCCUAACUCCCAGCUCCACCCUCCCAGCUCCAACCUCCUCCGCCUCUUCCUCCCUUUCUCUCGCUCCUCUACUUCGGCCAGUCUCCAGUGUUCUGAGCUGGGGAGCUACGAUUCCCGCCUCCACAUCGCCAAAUCCUCCAGCGCCCUGAUGGGGGGCAGUGAGCCUCCCCUGGGGGGAGCAGAGGACCUCUUGGGGGAUGAUGAGGUGUUCGAGAUCCCCAAGGGAAGGACAGGGGCUGGAAUCCCAGGAAGAGAUGCUGGAGGCGGGGUAGUGGCUCUCCUCGGGGAAGCCCCCCUCUGCUACAUGGACGAAGACAGCGAUCUGGACCAGUUUUCGUUUCUGGACCAGUGUUCGUCACCCACCCACUCAGAGAAAACAGGGCCUCUCACGCCAGGCCCGCUCUCUCCCUAUUCGCUGUCCGGAGACUGCUGCAGGUGGGUGAUUCCUGGAUUGUCACCCUGUGCUGUUUUGUGGUAGAGUUCCAUAGAAUGCCAUUGCUGGAUCCUGCUCACCCCUCCUGGGACGUGACGUAGUAGAGUCCUGUCCAGCCCAUCCUGUGAAGUGGUAGAGCCUGAACACCCCUGUGACGUGACAUGGAAGUAGAGUCCUUUGGUCCACCCCUGUUCAAACUUGCGGUGGUAGAGUCCUGUGGUCCACCCCCUUUUCACCUUCUGGUGGUAGAUUCCUUCACGCCACACACUCCCUGCCCCCGCUCAAAUUAGGUAGUUGUUCUGGGAAAGCCUGAACACCCCUGUGACGUGGAAGUAGAGUCCUGUGGUCCACCCCCUUUCAACCUUGUGGUGGUAGAGUCCUGUGGUCCACCCCCUUUCAACCUUGUGGUGGUAGAUUCCUGUGGUCCACCCCCCUUCAACCUUGUGGUGGUAGAUUCCUGUGGUCCACCCCCCUUAAACCUUGUGGUGGUAGAGUCCUGUGGUCCACCCCCUUUCAACCUUGUGGUGCUAGAUUCCUGUGGUCCACCCCCCUUCAACCUUGUGGUGGUAGAGUCCUGUGGUCCACCCCCUUCCAACCUUGCGAUGGUAGAGUCCUGCGGUCCACCCCUUUCCAACCUUGCGGUGGUAGAGUCCUGUGGUCCACCCCCUUUCAACCUUGUGGUGGUAGUUUCCUGCACGCCACACACUCCCUGACCCAGCUCAAAUGAGGUAGUUGUCCUCGGAGAGAGGAACAUGAGCUCUCUGGGAGUGGGUUCAGGCUAGGGAUCAACAGGCAGAUUAUUGGCUUCAAAUAGCCUUAUAAGGUAUGACACACAGACUUAUACACGCAUACAUGUAUACACACACACACUUUGUGUCAGACCAAGGUCGGGUAGCUCAUGACCUGACUCGUGUCAGGAGUAUGUACUGCAUAGGCAAGUGUAGGUGUGUGAGUGCAAGGCUUGCGUGGGUGUGUUUUAUUUUUCUACUUGCUAAGUAGGAUUUAAAUGAUUAAGUCUGGCAAUCCACAGGGACAGGCAGACAGACAGGCAGACAGAGAGACAGGCAGACAGAGAGAGGGGUGCGGAUGGUGUUCUGACUUGACAGACAGACAGAGAGAGAGAGAGGGAAGUAGAGAGAGACAGAGACAGACGAACACACAGACACAGGUGGAUGGUGUCCUGACUUGUUACUCCCUAUAGAGACCAAGACAAGUAUAGAACCUUAAGGAGCUUUGAUUACACUCUAUUCCUAAAGUGGUGCACUAUAAAGAGUAAUAGGGUGCCAUUUGGGAUGUACUCAUGGAUUGAGAUCACUACUGACACUUCCUGUUUGUAUUUGUAUUUAUUAUGGAUCCCCAUAGCAGCUACUC